GUGAAUUUAAAGAGAAAAGAAAAAAAACAUUAAGUUUGAAGAGUCUAUGUGGUGGUGGGUGAAGUGGAGCAUAAAAUGUUUAUGGUGUGUAGUUCUAGUAGCAGCACACAAGUGCUAAUAUUGAACUCAGCUUCACCUUUGACUUCUUUGUCACAUAGAAGAAUCUAUGUUCCAAAUUCAGUUACUAAGGUUGUUGGAGUUGGAAGAAGAGGUGGAAAAUGGAACAUGACAGUUAAUAACAAUGGUGAAAAUAAUUCAAUUACUACAACUACCACACACUUUGAUGAUAACAAGGUUGUAGAUUCAGCUUCAAAAGUUGUGAGAAAUUUCUAUGAGGGAAUCAAUGCACAUGAUGUUGAUUCUGUACAAUAUCUUAUCUCUGAAAAUUGUGUGUAUGAGGAUCUUGUCUUUCCACGUCCAUUUGUGGGUCGUAAGGAAAUUAUAGAGUUCUUCAAAAAGUUCACUGAGUCUACAAGCUUAGACCUACAGUUUGUUAUUGAUGAUUUGUCUACGGAGGACACAUCAUCUGUUGGGGUGAUUUGGCAUUUAGAAUGGAAAGGAAAGCCUUUUCCCUUUAGCAAAGGAUGCAGUUUUUAUCGUUUGGAGGUGAUUAAUGGCAAGAGACAAAUCACAUAUGGACGGGACUGUGUUGAACCUGCAAUCAAACCAGGGGAUGCAACUUUGGCAAUUAUAAAGAGUGUGACAUGGCUUCUUCAACGAUUUCCUCAGUUGGCAGACCGAUUGUAGUAAAAGCUCUACAUUAUUUCCGGAAGGGUGUGUUCCAUAUUUCUCCCAAAUAGUAUGGUGAUUUGAUUGUAGUUUGGAUUAUGUAACACAUAAGAUUCUCCAACGCAGAGAAAGUGAAAGUGUUGUACAUAUAUACAUAAAAAUAAAGUUAAAUUAUUAUAUAAAUACACAUAAAUUUACUGA